GGCGAUAACAAACUAACAUGUUAGUACACGAGCGCGCCAUUGUCGUUAGCGAGUCAGAGAGGGUACGGAAGUGACUAUGGUGGUGUUGUUUUUUUCCGUCUCAGGGAUGGCGCACAAGAUUUUUAACUAAAUUUAGGUGCUGACGAUGCAAGUGCUCUGCUUGGAGAAGUGAGGAUUAGAAGAUGGAUUCUCUCCACUGUGAAGAGAAGGCUCAUGCGCUGGCAUGUGUCACCAGCAAAAAGAAGAACCAUGAAAUACCAUUGGCCCACAUCAAAGAGGAGUGCUCAGAACUGGACUGCGCUGCCCGAGUCAAAGGGGAGUGUUCAGAACUGGACUGCGCUGCCCGAGUCAAAAGGGAGUGUUCAGAACUGGACUGCACUGCUCGAGUCAAAAGGGAGUUCUCAGAACUGGAUUGCACUGCCCGAGUCAAAGGGGAGUGCUCAGAACUGGACUGCGCUGCCCGAGUCAAAGGGGAGUGUUCAGAACUGGACUGCCCUGCCCGAGUCAAAGGGGAGUGCUCAGAACUGGACUGCCCUGCCCGAGUCAAAAGGGAGUGUUCAGAACUGGACUGCCCUGCCCGAGUCAAAAGGGAGUGUUCAGAACUGGACUGCACUGCCCGAGUCAAAAGGGAGUGCUCAGAACUGGACUGCCCUGCCCGGAUCAAAGAGGAGGCUCCCGCAGAGGAGUGUGAGCACUGUGAAAACAAGGCCUGUGUCCUGCUAUCGGUCCCUGUGAAAACAGAGGACCUUAAAAUCGAGUGCGACUGCCUGGCAAGGCAUGGCUCGCAGCUGAGGCUUGUUAAAGAGGAGCCCCUCGAGCGACCGUGUGACAGCAUUGCGGAGAACGUCGCUCAACCAGGCCGUGUGAACACUGCGAAGGAAGACAGCCCCGUGCCGUCUGCUCCCAGCGUGGCAUCGGACGUGAAUCAAGGGCGGGGCCGUGAGAGGCCGACGAGAAAAACGACUCGAGAAAAACUUCAACCGAGAAACGGGGAAAGGAAAGACAAUCUGUCGUCGUCACCAUCGCCGUCACCUCCUCCCGAACGCCGCAGGCGGACGUCUAAAUCGAAGCGGAAAACUAACAAGGAAAAAAAAAACAAAACCCCUCACCAGUGCGGCGACUGUGGGAAGAGCUUCAGCCAGCCGGGUCACCUGAGGAGACACUACCAGGUCAUUCACAAAGGAGAAACCCCUUACCAGUGCGGGGACUGCGGCAAGCGCUUCAGCCGACCGGAGAGCCUGAGGAGACACCAGCGCAUUCACACGGGCGAGAACCCCUACCGCUGCAGGGAGUGCGGCCGCGGGUUCAACGAGCUGCAGAACCUGAAGGUGCACUACCGCACCCACACCGGAGAGACCCCCUACCACUGCCCCAAGUGCAGCAAGAGCUACAGCCGCAACGAGAGCCUGAAGAAACACCUGCAGAAUCACAGGGGAGAUGAUCCCUACGUGUGCGACGACUGUGGGAGGACCUUCAAUGGCUUGCAGUACUUCAGGAAACACCGGAUGGCUCACGAGAGAGAGGCUCUGCGUCGCUCUGAAGACAGCAGGAAAGGUUUUGGUCGGAGACAAAGCCUGAGAAUCCGCCAGAGAGUUAUUCAUGCGGCUGACUCGCCUGGCAAAGACGCCCAACUCUAGAAUCGCACAGUAAAGCUGCACUGAGAGAUUUAUUCCGUUACUGGGGUUCUGCACAGAAGGUCUGGCUGGUUUACCGUUCAGAGUGAAACUGGUACUGAAACAGCUGCUUGAGUUUGUGAUGGUCUCUGCAUUUCUUAGACUGCGGAGAACGGCGAUCCACACAAACCCAAGCAGCUGUUUCUUUGUUUCACUCUGAGCGGUUAAUCAGCCCGAUCGACACCAGCGACCCUCACCUGUGCACAGCUUGAUCCGCAGAAUCGGUUCACGCAGCUCCAUCAAGAUAGAAUACAUAUCGCUGUACGGAGCGUGGACCCAGUUUCGGACAGUCCAGACAACUUUACAAAAGCUUGUAAAUUCACGCGGCUGAAGAGAAGUAGUGUGGAAAGCAGCCAAGCCAAAGAAGACACCGAACAGUAGAAAAUACAAAUCGACGCGCUCACUGACAGCGGACUGAACAUUUGUGAUUUUCUUUAUUUUUGAAAUUAAUCCAUGGGCGCUGAAUCUGGCCCCCGCAGCAUGUGAAUAUAGACUGGGGGUGUUAAUAGUCAAAUAGCUGUUUACACGGCUAGCAUGGUUUGUCGGGACUCCUCAGGUUUGCAGUUGUCUGUAGCAGAUUAUUUUAUAUAUAGAUCUAUUUUUUUUUAUCUGCGUUGUGUGAGGUGCAGGCUUCAGAGUGGUGGCAGGCUCAAACUCUUGAUUUGUAAUUCCCGCUGUGGAGAACUGGAAAACAUGGAUCCGGCAACGUCUUGGAUGGGAGCGGACUGAAGGAGGGAAUGCCACGCUGAGCCGCGCCCCUUUCACGUGCCCUCCUGUGUACGGUGGCGUGUUUUGCUGAAAUCCAUUUCAGGCUUUCUUGCCGACUAUUUCCCAAGAAACUGUUUGAAAAAAGGUCAGAGGCAGCUGACAAAGAAAUGUCUCUGAAAAGUUUAAUGGAUUUUAAUUUCCGCUGUGUAUUUGGCUGUACUGUAGUUGCAAUACUGCUAAGUUUAAGGGUCUACUGCUUGCUAAUUCUGGGCAGAAUUAACGGUAUUUCUGAUGUAUGGUACUGGCAGGUUUUUUUUCUCCAAAUUACCGAAGAUAGAUUUAAAAAAAAAAAAAAAAAAGGGGUAAUUUUAAGUCUUCCUCCUGUAUUAAAUGUGUUUUUAAAAUGAGCUUCCCUCGGGUUAAGUUUGAUAUUAAUGGUGUUGAGGCAGUUUUAAGAAAUGUAACGAAAGCAUGACGUCGCUUCCCACUUCUCUAGCACUUAGUGUAUUUCCAGCACGGAAAGCAGAGCACACAUAGUUUGCAAUAUUGAGCAAGCAAGCUAGUUACUCCGCAGUGUAGGUGAGACCAAAAAAAAUGAUUAUUUAUGAAUUUAAAAACCUAAACUUUUGUAGCAUUCGGUCUCCUUUCACAUUAAGAGCAGUGGGUAUGCUUGGUUAAGUAGAAUGGUGUUUGUUUGUUUUUUAUCUUUGUGGAAUUUUGAUUUUGUGGAUUCUGUAUUUUUCUUCUUCUUUUAGACAGAAAAAAAAACAAUGUUUUGCUUUUUGGCUUUUAAUGUUAUUUAAAAAAGAAAAACUUUAAUAAAUUAAAAAUAUAGGGAGGCUGUGUGGUCCAGUGGUUAAAGAAAAGGGCUUGUAACCAGGAGGUCUCCGGUUCAAAUCCCAUCUCAGCCACUGUCUCAUUUUGUGACCCUGAGCAAGUCACUUAACCUCCUUGUGCUCUGUCUUUCGGGUGAGAUGUAAUUGUAAGUGACUCUGUAGCUGAUGCAUAGUUCACACACCCUAGUCUCUGUAAGUCGCCUUGGACAAAGGCGUCUGCUAAAUAAACAAAUAAUUACGACUUGACUUCACUGGGAUCCCCAAGGUUUCCUCUGAUCAACCCCCCCCCCCCCCAUAUUAAUUUUAAAGAGAAUUUUAAUAAUAAUGAUUGAAUGUCGGUCUGAAAUUGUGAGGAUGUUUUUGUUUUCAAGGAUAAUGUGUUUAAUUAGAUCAUUGAAUGCUGUACAACUUUUUUUUUUUCCCUUCCACAAAUGUUAAUUUGAAUUUAAAUAAUAAUGUUUGAAAAAAAUGUCCGUCUUGUCAUUUCUUCAAUUGUGAGAAUGUUUUCCUUCUCUGGUAAUGUGUUGAAUUAGCUCUCAAUUCACUUGUGUGCAUUGUACAUGUAGCUCCUGGCGCAAGUCUGUAUGCACACAGCGAGACGGACCCUAACGUUUUAAUCCUGGCCAUUGGAUGAGGAGAAAGAGGAAGUGCUAAACGUUCUGGAGGAAGUGAAAGCGUGAAGCGUUUCCUGUUGUUCACCCUGUUCCUGCUCUCCUUGUUGAAGAAACAAACCCUCCAGUAAAGAAGGAUCUUCGUGGAAUCCAGCUGCAUGCGUCUAGAGAUUGAGAUAAACUAGGGAAUGCAAACUGAACCCCGAAGUCAAAACGCAUUUGCUUCAGAGCAGUCAGUAAGUUACACAGGGCUUCUGAUCUUCUGUGCUUUGCCCUAACUUUAAUACUCUCCUUUAAGAAUUCAGUUGAUACCUGUGUUAAGCUGUUCGUGUCUCUCAAUCUCACGCUGAGAAACGUGUUAAUAGUAACAUUGAUUUCAUUUACAGGUGUCUGGGCUUUUAAAUCGCAAGUCUUUUUUUCAUUUCAAAGCAGUAGAGACUCCUCUUUAUUAAUGUGAAUACAGUCGCGCAGAACGAUUGUAAUAAGGUGUGUCCAGCAUAUUUUAUU